AUGGAAGAAAUGGGCCCGCCAAGGCGAACCAACCCCCAAGCCCGGCCACUAUCGACCUUUGCGCCGGAUUAUUCCCGCCAAUACCAACAAGAACUGUCUCGGUCAUCACAUGUACAACCCCCGCCGUACCUGCCGACAUAUGACCCGUCACGAUAUCAACCUAUCCGGCCAACCUCAAUGGUCGGUAAUAACUUCAACUACGUCCACACGCAACACAACUACAACAACCCGCCUCCCGGCCCCCCCUCCCGGCUGAGCGAUGUUCACUACUUCAAUAAUACCAGUUUGUCAAGUUCCCGACCGCUGUCAAUAGCCGUCCAGCCCGCAAUGGGGCCGGGGGUACCGGUAGCGCCCAGGCCAGGACGACAAGGGGGUAGCGAAGGUCGAGAAAGGAGUGCGUCUGAGCCAAUGCUUUCGGCCCAGCCCGUCGACCUGAGACUCAAACAACCUAAACCCGUUUUGUCGCGGCUGAUCACCAACUUCCGUUGA